AUGGCAGCUGUGGCACAACCACCUCCUCUGAAAGAUGAGCUUGACAUUGUUAUCCCCACCAUAAGGAACCUUGACUUUCUUGAGAUGUGGAGGCCAUUCUUUGAGCCUUACCAUUUGAUCAUUGUGCAGGAUGGUGACCCCACCAAAACCAUCAAGGUUCCUCCCGGUUUUGACUAUGAACUCUACAACCGCAAUGACAUCAACAAGCUUUUGGGUCCAAGGGCCUCUUGCAUCUCCUUCAAGGACUCUGCUUGCCGCUGCUUUGGCUACAUGGUGUCUAAGAAGAAGUACAUCUAUACCAUUGAUGAUGACUGCUUUGUUGCCAAUGAUCCAUCUGGAAAAGCGAUUAAUGCACUUGAGCAGCACAUUAAAAACCUUCUGUGUCCAUCCACCCCAUACUUCUUCAAUACUCUUUAUGACCCCUUCAGAGAAGGAGCAGAUUAUGUUCGUGGAUACCCUUUUAGUCUUCGUGAGGGUGCACCAACUGCAGUUUCACAUGGUCUUUGGCUCAACAUCCCAGACUAUGAUGCUCCUACACAACUUGUGAAGCCUCUUGAGAGGAACACCAGGUAUGUGGAUGCUGUUAUGACCAUUCCAAAAGGCACUUUAUUCCCCAUGUGUGGAAUGAACUUGGCAUUCGAUCGUGAUCUCAUUGGACCUGCAAUGUACUUUGGUCUCAUGGGAGAUGGUCAACCAAUUGGACGCUACGAUGACAUGUGGGCUGGCUGGUGCUGCAAGGUGAUCUGUGAUCAUCUGGGACUAGGAAUCAAGACUGGUCUGCCAUAUAUAUACCACAGCAAGGCCAGUAACCCAUUUGUUAACCUAAGGAAAGAGUACAAAGGCAUAUUCUGGCAGGAAGACAUCAUUCCAUUCUUCCAGAAUGUUGUUCUUCCAAAAGAAUGCACCACUGUUCAGAAGUGCUACAUUGAGCUCUCCAAGCAAGUCAAGGAAAAGCUUUCAAAGAUAGAUCCUUACUUUGACAAGCUCGCAGAUGCCAUGGUCACCUGGAUUGAGGCUUGGGAUGACCUUAACUCUUCUAGAGCAUCUAAGGCCAAUGGCAAAGCAUAA